UGAGCAGCAUGUGUUUGGUGUAUAAGUUGCAGAAAUGUCUCAAGUUUCUGUUGUGUCUUUUGUCAUUUGUGGGUUUGCACAGGUGGAGCCCUUUAUACCGUCUGAGUACACUUGUGAAGGCAUGCUGGAGAGAGUGAAUGCUUACAUUCAACAUCAGGAUUUCUGUCGCCGCAGCAGUCCAUUCCCUACAGCCAAUGAUUCCAGAUCAUGGUCUGGGAAUCCACCCAGUCCUUUCCUGCAGCUGCCCAACUCCACAGCUUUGAUCUGGGCUCCCAACAUCACUGCUCCGGCCUGCUGGCCGCCCCUCAGCGCCCUUCGGCUAUUCCUGUCUCCAGAGGACUCGUCCUGUGUGAAAACCUGCCAGGAUGCCGGUCUAAUCUGCGAGCCAGCUUUCUUUCCUUUCAUCAACAAUAUAGAGGCCUUCAAUGGGCUUAACGCUCAGUGUGAGUCUUUAGAAGCGGAGAAGAACCAUGUGUUUCCAGCCGUACAUGUGGACAGGAGAGAGUGUUUCCAGCAAAAGGAGCCGCUGCUGUUCAGUUGCGCUGGAGUCAGUGCCAAACACCAGAGGCUUUGCCCAUGCAGAGACUACAUUCACGGCCAGGUGGCGCUAUGCAGGGACUGUCUUUGAGCUUUCACCAUAGACAUCUGGGGAUGUCUAUGGUAAACCGAGGCCAGUCGUGGAUAGCCAAACAUGUCCCCAGAACGCCGUUAUCAAAGGGUUCAAGGGAAUUGUUGGACUGAGGUCAUUGACGAAGCUUGAAGAUGCGUCCAGAGAAGUGUCCUCACUCUUGGUUACUUUAAUCCAAAGCAAAACUUUGCCUCCAGGUGAGCUAGUGAAGGUAAGCAAGAUGGUAACCUUGUGUUAUGAGGUUCACCAUCUAAUGGAGUCUAUCUGAAAGAGCUCAGCAGCUGGUGGUUUCAAGGGUGGACGACGUGAUUUGAAAAUAAAUGCAAAAUACAGUUUUGAGUUUAGAGCUCCUUUGUGAUGCAGGUCAGACUCUAGAAGCUGUAGCUUUGGGAAUGCUGGAAGUGCCAGAACUGUACAUGAAUUUAAGUCAACAUGAAAGAUUAUAGAGAGUUGUAGGAUGAUGUAUUUUUGUAGGCUAAAACCUAGAAACAAGAUGCAUCUCAGUACUUCCGUCCAGAAAUUGAUUUUUUCAAAAGGAUUUUGGUUAAAUGUCUUAAAUAAGGUGUGUGUUUAACACAAACUCAAGAUACUUUCAUGGUUUAUUCUACGACAUAAAAUACAGCAUACCCACUUGUGAUUUUUCCAUCAAGGUGAUGCAGACUUCAAGGUUGACCUACAAAAAUACAUCAUCAUCGCAGCGCAUACCCAUUUUAAUGUGCUAUAUUUUGGAGAACGCAAUCACGCAAUGGAGUCAGAACUGAGUUUGCAGUGGUUUGUAAUGAAACACUGUCCUGCUGAAGCACCUCUGUCAUCUAAUUUUGAGGAGGCUUUUUGACCAGAAUUCACCAAGUUUACCUGCAUUACCAACAACAGUAGCCUGAAACAGUAAAUAAUAUCUACUUGACUACCGGUUAAAAUCAACCCUCUCAAACACACUGUUUAAGAUAUGAAUUAGAAAUUUUUUGUGAACAUUUAUGUUGUUUAGGUGAAGAAAAAUCAGCUUGCACACAGGAAAUGAUGUAUUAGCUGUAGUUUCUAUGCAACUUUGGGUCCGCAUGGUUGCUGCUUCCUAGCACUUCAAUCUGGGCAUACGUCAUUUCAGAGGCGGAGUCAUGAAAGUUUACAGAGAGCAUUUUCUUAAGAAUAACAUGUAUUAUAAGACCAGCAGUGCAUAUUAUUAAUUAGGGUCAGUUUUGGUUUCAUGUUGACUUAUAAGUUCAUAUGGAAUUAAAUUAUCUGCUGUGAAAAAAAAUUAAUAAAAUACACUCUCUACUUAAAGAGAAUAGAUGUGAAAUAUUUACAGAUUUACUCGAAUUCAUUGUGUAAAUAUGUGCAUUUUACAUAUUUCAUAUGCGCUAUUGUUUGUACAAAAUAAAAUAUACUUUUAAAAUUGGUGUAUUUACAUUUU